GCUAAUAUUUAUAUCAACGCAUUUAGUGUAACGACUUUGUGUCGACUCAUUUGCCGAUCUUCGUUAAAAAAAUGAAGAGAAUUCCAAUUGUCCUGGUGUUCAUUGUUAGCAUAUCGUGCGAACGUAUUCAAAAUAAAGAAAAUGAAUCGUAUGCAGAUUCAAAUAGUAAUUUGGGAAUUCUUUAUGAAGGGACGCACAAUUGUUUGAAUGACGAACAAAGUUUGAAUAAAAACUCUUAUAAGAUACCAUCACUGACGGACAAUCCUAUUGGACUCUUAGAUCCCGAAGGAAUUGAUCUAGCUGAUCAAUGUUUUCCCAAGCCAAUAUGUGAUCCCCAUGCUAAGUAUAGAACCAUAAAUGGUAGUUGUAAUAAUUUAAUAUUUCCUAUUUGGGGAGUAUCUCAUACAGCAAGCACACGAAUUAUUCAAGCCGACUAUUCGGAUGGUAAGAGCGAAGUAAGAAGAGCAAUAUCGGGAAAAAAAUUGCCAAACCCGAGGAAAAUACGAACAACUUUGUUCCCAGAUUUGAAUAGACCUACGCUUAAGUAUAAUUCAUUGUUCAUGCAAUUUGGUCAAGUGGUCGCACACGAUACUGAAUUAAUAUUCUCUAAAACUGUAGGUCACGAUGGCAGUCCAAUAGUAUGUUGCAAUACGGAUGGUUCUACACCAGAAAAUCUACCACGAGAUUGUCUUCAGAUUACAAUCCCGAAAGAUGAUCCUGGUUAUUCAAAAAAACGAUGUUUAUCGUCUCAACGAGCCACUGAUACAGCAGAUCUAGGUUGCCAUAUAAAACCAGUCAGACCACAAAUUGGAGUUACCAGUUUUCUUGAUGCUUCAUUAUUAUAUGGGUCAGAUGAACACAUAGCACAUUCUUUAAGAACAAACCAUCAUGGGAAACUCAGGAGACAAAUAGGGCCUAAAGGAAAAUCAUAUUUACCGAAUGUAAAACAAGCUACGAAAGAAUGCACCGUUUCUAAAGAUGAAACUGUAUGCUACGCUGCAGGUGAUAUAAGAGUAAACCAACAUCCUAAUAUAGCAGUUGCGACAAUUUCAUUAUUGAGAAUUCAUAACAAACUGUGCGAUGAUUUUGUUGAAAUGAAUCCUGAAUGGGACGACGAGCGAAUAUAUCAAGAAGCCAGGAGAUUACUCAUCGCAAUGUAUCAGCACGUGGUAUACUAUGAAUUUGUUCCGGGACUUGUAGGAAAAGAUUAUGCCAGAGCAAACAAAUUACUACCAUUAGAAAAAGGUUAUAAUAUGGAUUACGAUCAAUUUUUAAAUCCAACUACUAUGACCAGUUUCACCGGUGCUGCAUACAGAUCACUUCAUAGUGAAAUACAGGGAUAUUUCGAUUUGGUCAAUGAAGCCAGAAAUGUUACGUCAAAACUUCGACUGGGUGACUUUUUUCAAAGAACUGACAUAGUGCAGAAAAAAGACAAUUACGAUAGUUUUAUUAGAGGUUUGCUAAGUCAAAUUGCACAGGAACAAGAUCAAUAUUACACAUCUGAAGUUAGCGAAUACUUAUUCAGAAUUCCGAGCAAACCAGAAUCAGGCUUUGACUUGCCCAGCUUUGAUAUCGCACGUGGAAGAGAUUUUGGAGAACCGUCGUAUAAUAAAUUUAGGCAAUUGUGUGGGUUGAGCGAAGCCAAGACUUUUCAAGAUUUUACGGAUCAAAUAUCUAAAAAAAAUGUCGAUACUUUAGCUAGCUUGUACGAAGAUCCAAACGAUGUCGACUUUUACGUGGGUGGUAUGUUAGAAAAACUGAAACCUGGAUCUUCAUUGGGCCACACUUUUCAGUGUAUUUCUGGAGAAAUGUUUUACAGAUGGAAGUUUGGCGAUCGAUUCUUUUACGAAUUUGGAAAUCAAACGGGAUCUUUUCGCCCAGAUCAACUUGAUGAAAUACGAAAAUCAACAUUAUCACUCUUUGUGUGUAUGUCAUCAGACAUUCAAUAUAUACAACGCAAUGCAUUUGAUGUAAUUAGUAAAGAAAAUCCAUUGGUACCUUGCAGUUCCCUACCAAAAAUCAAUUUGGAUCCUUGGAAAGAAUGGAAAUAAUUCCAAACUUAUAUUCUGCCAAAAAAUAGUGAUCCUUGUAAUUAUUUUCUUGGUUUUUAUGUAGCGCCGAAAGAAUAUUAAUAUAAAAUACCGUAGUGCCUGUAUUGUUUGUCUUUGGUAAUACAUUAAUAAUAAUUGGAUUCAAACCUAUUAA